GGCGAAGCGAAAGCGGCGGUGCGUUUAGCAGCGGGGCGAGGCUGCAACCGAGUUGCUCCCGCGAUUGGAGUCUAGCGCGAAUGGGCAAGCCGGGGGGCCCUUCCCGCGUGCUUAGCUGGCGCCCCUCCCCUGCGCGACUCCCAAGCCGCCUCCUCGGCCAAGGCGCGCCCCUCUCCUGACCUGCUCUUUCCCGCGGCUUCUCUUCUGCUCCGCGUUGAAGCGAGUUCUUCCCCGGUCGCUCCAUGGCCGAGGCUCCGCCAUUGGCCGGCGGGAAGGCGGGCUGCGUGAUCAGCGUUUCUCACUCGCGUGUCGCCAGCGAGGCUUCCGGCUCUCCGCCGGAGGGACCCUGGAGUGCCAGCGGCGUUGUGGUGUCGCAGAGCCCAGGCGUCGUCCUCUGUCACGGGUCGGUCUUCUCCCGUUUCCUUCUGGCGUCCGAGCUUCGCGACUGGUCGAAGUGCGGCGUCCUGCUGGCUGACAGCUUCUCUACAGACCUCGAGAUCCAGGUGCUCAGGCCAAGCGAAUGCAGCAGCAAAACCAGGUUGAGUCGGCUGGAGGGGGACUGGCGGGCCAACGUCCCAGCGUUGAGGUUCAACCCCCUCUCCUGUGGCCUUGAGGCACAAAGUGGCCUGGAGUGCCACAAGGCCGAACUCCUGAUGAUGGUGCCCUGUCAGCCCUUCCAGGCUGCUUUCUCCAGAGUCUUUGGUGCAUCUGAGCAGUGGCACUUUGAGAAUGAGGUCGGGGAAGAGUGCAGUCCCCUUGCCGAUGAGUUGUGUCUCCUGCACUGGUUUGCCUUGUUGAGAAUCCAGGACUGUGACUUCCAUGGAGCAGGCUCAGUGAGCUGUAUGCCAGCCACAUUUCUGAGAAAGGGGGACCCGCUCUUUGCUUGUGGCUCCCCCUUUGGAUCCUUUUGUCCAGAUAUUUUCAUGAACACCCUUAGCAAAGGGAUUGUGAGUAACGUGGCUGGUGAAGGCAAUGCCCUGAUCCUGACUGAUGCGCGCUGCUUGCCUGGCACUGAAGGUGGGGGCAUCUUUGCGGUCUCUGGGGUUGGUCCCCAGCUUGUUGGGAUAAUUGUUGCUCCACUUUGCUGGAAAUCCAACGAGUGGGUUGGCCUCACUCUGGUUUGUGCCGUUGAGCCCAUCCUGGACAGUAUCAAGAGGGUCCUCUUGGAGCAUCACUGGUUGCUGAAGACUUGGUUACACCCCCUGCAACUUGUGGCUAAGUCGCAGAAGAUAACAGUAGCCAAAGAUGGGCCUCUCCAGAAGAUGCUGGCUGCUGUUGUUCUGGUGGAGUGCGGACUGAAUUGGGGGUCUGGGGUGAUGGUGAGCCCAAGGGUUGUGUUGACUUGUCGCCAUGUGGUCAGUAGCACACCGAGUGUCUGUGUGAGGCUGCAACCCAACCCUGAACAGAUAUUGGUGGCUAAAGGGAAAGUGGUGUUUGCUACACAAGAUUCUUCUCCCUAUGACGUUGCACUGGUGGAGCUGGAUGAAAGUUUAUCUACAUUUGUAGAGCCUGUCCUAGCAUCCACGUUUUAUAAAGGAGAAGAUGUGAGUGUGGUUGGAUUUGGUGCCUUCGGCCAGGCCUGUGGCCCAUCAGUAACUUCGGGGAUCUUGUCGGCAGUGAUCACUGUGGAAGAGAAGCCCGUGAUGCUCCAGGCGACCUGUGCUGUCCACAGUGGCUCAAGCGGAGGGGCUCUCUUUGCCACACACAGUGGGAAGCUUCUCGGUAUUGUUGCCAGCAACACGAGGGAUAACAGCAUCGGAGCCACGUACCCACACCUGAAUUUCAGCAUCCCCAUCACAGUCCUGCAGCCAGCUCUCUUGCAGUACUCCCGCAGUAGAGACCUGUGUGGCUUCCAGGAACUGGACAGGGUGGCUGACAGGGUUCAGGUGGUCUGGAGGCUCCAAAGAGGACCUGGGGAGGCACCACUCAGCAAGCUCUGAAGAUCUUCCGCUUGGAGAAGAAAAGGAAGAGCUCCCAUUUGUGGACAAGGAGCACCUAUUGGGAACCAUUCUGUAUUACUGGGCAACCAACCAUGUUUAGGGUUAUACUUGAAAUUUUUGAAUAGUCUUCUAGAAAGGGUUUUCAAGGGGACGUGCCUUCCCUUGUUUUUGCGCUUAUAUCCCAUCAUUCCUCUAUUUUACACACUUCCCACUCUAUCCCUACACAGCCGAUCAGAACACAGCCAAUCAGAACAUUUUCUAUUCCCCUACCAGUGUUCCUUGUUCUUCUCAUUCCUAGAACUGUCAGAGUCUCUUCUGUCUUUAUAAAAAACCCACUUUUCCUACCAAACCUUUGCUUAAAUCGUCUUACCUUUCCACUGAAACGAGGGCUUCAUCUCUUGUUUUGUUUUUGUUUUUGAAAUAUAAUAAAUUUUAUUGAAACAUUUGUUGCAACUAAUAGCUUACAAACAGUAAACAUCAUUACAAAACUGAUUAUAAGAUCAGUAUACACUACAGAGAUAUUCUUGUAUUCUUAUUAGUUGUCAUAAAUAUAACCAUGUGUUUACAUUAUUAUACUAUUAAUUUAGUAGAAAGAGAGAUAUCCAUUGUUUGUCAUAACUUGUAAAAUUUUUGAUUUAGGUUGCAGAUUAUUCUCUUCUAUGUAUUCCAGAAAUGGGAGCCAUUUUUCAAUAAAACCAGUAUUUUCUAUGAA